ACUGCUCCACAAAGCGUUCCCGAAGCAAAUCAACGGGAACAGCCUCAGGAAUGAGUCUGUUCAAUGUAAGAAGUACAUCGAACACGCCCUCUUCCUGUGUCGUCAGUGGCAGACAUACAAGUUCAAGCCACGUACACCAGGCGAUUUUCUCACUUUCACACGACUCAUGACAAACUGCGGCUGGUAAGUGGGCACGAACAAGAACCCGCCAACCCCAAUGCCUUCUUUGUGCAAUGCUAAGAGAGACCCAAGGCACCUCCUAGAAGAAGGCAUGUGGAGCGAGGAAAUCGAACUAAUGCAAACCGCCCUGCACGUCUGCGAAGACAAAUCCGGGCUCGAAUACGCACACCUCUGCAACACGUACGGCCACCUCGAAGUCGAGCGCGCAAACGCCUCCAAAGGCCUCGAGUAUCUCGAGACAUCCCGCAAGAUCCGUGAGACCUUGCUCGACCCCAUGCACCCAGAGCUCGCGAACACGUACAACAACAUCGGCAACGCCGUGCUGCAGGAGUACGAGACGCCCGAGGCCGUGCCCAGGGCCAUCGAGCUGUACUCGCGGUCUGUCAAGAUCAACGAUGCGCCGUCGUCGGCGUUCAUAUGGCAUCUUAAUCUGAGCAGGGCGACGAGGUUAGCGGGGGAUUAUGCUCGGGCGAGGUUCCAUGCUGCGAAGUCGAGGGAGUGUGUGGAUGAGAUGUUUGAGCCGGAUACACACUGGGAUGCGACAACCAAAGUCCACCUAGCCAACAUCCUCUUCGACGAAGGCCUCAUCCCCGAAGCCGAAGCCCUCUGGACCUCCGCCUUCAAAGCCUUCCAAAAGACAAGCGAGACCCGCGCCGCCACAGUCGCCGUCCAGCUCAAACUAGCCCACGUCACAAUGCUAAAAGGCGACCACAAACAAGCCGUGUACGUACCCGUACCCGUACCUCCCCCUCCCUUCCCACUUUUUCUACAACUCCCCCCCCAAUUAAACUCACACACGAAAACAGCAUCAUGCUCGAGCGCCUCCUCACAAUCGCCCAACUUCGCCUCCCCCUACUCGGCAACAACGGCGAGAUCGCCCGGGUGACGCGCCGGCUCGCACAGGCGGUCAGGCUGUGCGGCGACACGGUCAAGGCGGAGCAACUCCGUGAGCGGGCCGAGCGUAUGAGGCUGGAGAUUCAGAAGGGGAGGAAGUAUCAGCUGCCGGAUGAGGAUCAGUCGUACAACAUUCUUGUUUUUAGCGAGUUUUGGUGAGCUGGAAAGGUGGUGUUGUUGGGGGCUGUGUUUUGGGGGAGCAGCGGGGGAGAGGGGUUGCGAGAGGGUUUGUUUAUAUGUAUAUGGUGUUUGGUGAAUAUUCGUGUUGAUAGCGAAAUCCUGCAUGUGAGGAUUGAAGAUUGUGGGCAGGGGCGUUAGAGCUUGCUUUAGAUCUGAUAUUCUUUCCCAUCCAAUCAUAGGCUGUGUGUGCUAUUGUUACUCAUGUCAGUCCAGAAGUUAGACUUUCUACUAACAAAAGAG